AUGGCAGACAAGUUGGGCAUAGCAGAAACGGCCAGCUUCGAUAAGGCCAAGGUAAAGAAAACCUAGACCCGGGACAGCACCUUGCCCACCAAAGAAACCAUUGAACAGGAAAAGAGGUGUGAAAUUUACUAA